AGGGGGUUGGAGAAAUCCCGUGGCGCCAGGGUCUGUCUGCGAACCCAGACUUCGUUGGAAGCAGGGGAGAAACUGCCCAGAGCCGGCCAGCUCUAUCGGUCGGUGACCACAGUCAGAUCCGCUUCUUAGACAGCGAGCAAGAAACGCUCGUAAGCUUUCGGGAAGCUUCGGGACCAUUCGUAUUAUCUAGAUUCUGCGCUUCGGGAAACUUCGGAGCUGCUCGGUUCUACACUCGGGCCAUCAGCUCGGCUCUGCGGGCAGCUUCGGCUCGGUUCGGCGGGCGUCAGACUGCCUCUUCGGUCGCUGCUCGGGCGGUGGCUUCGGGCGGCCUCGGCCCAACUCGGGCGGCCUCUUCGGGCCCCGCUUCGGGCUCGGUGCCUGGCGCUUCGGGCGGUCCCGGACAGCGCCUUCGGGCGGACUCGGUGGAGUCCGUAUGGAGGACUCGGACUCGGCGGCAAAACAGCUGGGCCUGGCCGAGGCGGCAGCUGUGGCGGCCGCUGCCGCGGUGGCGGCGGCCGCCGCGGCCGCAGCGGAAAGCGAGGCGGAGGAGCCGGUGUUAAGCAGAGACGAGGACUCGGAGGAGGACGCAGACUCCGAGGCGGAGCGCGAGACGCGGCGGGUCACCGCUGUGGCGGUGAUGGCGGCCGAAUCUGGGCACAUGGAUAUGGGUACCGAGGCUCUGCCCAGCCCCGAUGAGGCCGCCGCCGCCGCCGCCGCCUUCGCAGAAGUGACCACAGUGACUGUGGCCAACGUGGGGUCCUCUGCAGAUAACGUCUUCACAACAUCAGUGGCAAACGCAGCAUCGAUAUCAGGACAUGUCCUGUCUGGUAGGACAGCCCUGCAGAUCGGUGACAGCCUGAACACUGAAAAAGCCACACUAAUAGUUGUACACACAGAUGGGAGCAUUGUGGAGACCACUGGGCUGAAGGGCCCAGCAGCACCUCUCACUCCAGGUCCCCAGUCUCCUCCUACCCCACUGGCACCUGGCCAGGAGAAAGGUGGUACCAAGUACAACUGGGACCCUUCGGUGUAUGACAGCGAGUUGCCUGUGCGCUGUCGGAACAUCAGUGGCACGCUCUACAAGAGUAGGCUCGGCUCAGGUGGCCGGGGCCGGUGUAUCAAGCAGGGAGAAAACUGGUACAGCCCAACUGAGUUUGAAGCUAUGGCAGGAAGAGCCAGCAGCAAGGACUGGAAGAGAAGCAUCCGCUAUGCUGGCAGACCCCUGCAGUGCCUCAUUCAGGAUGGUAUUUUGAACCCUCACGCUGCCUCCUGUACCUGUGCCGCCUGUUGUGAUGACAUGACUCUGAGUGGCCCUGUCAGGCUCUUCGUCCCUUAUAAAAGGCGCAAGAAAGAGAAUGAGCUGCCCACAACUCCAGUGAAGAAGGAUUCCCCCAAGAACAUCACCCUGCUUCCUGCCACGGCGGCCACCACCUUCACUGUGACACCCUCAGGACAGAUCACUACCUCUGGAGCACUGACCUUUGACAGAGCAUCCACUGUAGAGGCCACUGCUGUCAUCUCUGAGAGCCCAGCCCAAGGUGAUGUCUUUGCAGGAGCCACAGUGCAAGAGGCAGGUGUGCAGCCUCCCUGCAGGGUUGGCCACCCUGAACCCCACUACCCUGGCUAUCAGGACAGCUGCCAGAUUGCCCCGUUUCCAGAAGCUGCAUUGCCAACAUCACACCCCAAAAUUGUCCUGACAUCGCUGCCCGCAUUGGCCGUGCCACCGUCCACCCCCACCAAAGCUGUCUCUCCCACCGUGGUCAGUGGGCUGGAGAUGUCAGAACAUCGGAGCUGGCUGUACCUGGAAGAGAUGGUCAACUCCCUACUCAACACAGCUCAGCAGCUGAAGACGCUGUUUGAACAAGCCAAGCAGGCGAGCUCUUGCAGGGAAGCUGCUGUGACCCAGGCGAGAAUGCAGGUUGAUACAGAGAGGAAAGAGAAACAGAAGAGGCCAGAUGGAGUAGACCUGCUGGGGUUCUGUGAACAUGUAUGUGAGAGGACACAGCAGAAGCGGGGCUGCCUGAAGAGCUGAGGGCACAUGAAAGCUUCAAAGACUCUGAUUGGAGGAAAGUGGCUUCAUUUUCUCCAGGCCGUCAUUUGGCAUAGUGCUCAGUCAUAUGAUCUCUGGGUGUGAGAGGCAAAGACCCUUACUUCAUAAUCAAAGGACAGGAGACCCGGGAUAGCAAGACUGAGACAAGCAGAGUCAGGCCUCAGCCUAGACAAAAGGCAAAAAUAGCUGCUGUGCAGAGGCAAAAUGGUGUUUCUUCUAGUCCCUGAUGCAUUUCUCUGACAUGGAACUUCUCACUGGCUGGGUCCUUCAGGGAGGUCCACACCUAGUAUAGUGUGGCUCCCUCUCUGAAUUCAGGAUACAGGCCUUAUCUAAUACAGGCCCUGUGGCUCAAUAGUCCCUGCUUUUGAUCCCUGGACUCAGUCACAUAACAGACUCCCUGUGACCUUUCAACCCCAGGAUGAACUGAGAGUACCGAAGUAAUCAGCUGGCAGCCAGGGAAGCCGGCCCGGUGCCUCCAUCCUCUGCUGUUCUCUCAUGAGCUCAGGUGCGCCUCACACUGAACAUAGAGCCCAAUUAUUCACUUCUUAAGGUGCUGAAGAGGCCAGUGAGGUGGUCCAGGAUGUGAAGGCACUUGCUGCCAGGCCUGGUGACCUGACUCCUGGACUAACAUGCUGGACUCCUGCAAGUUCUCUGACCUGCACACGUGUACCAUGUCAUGUAUGUUCAAACACCCACGCAUAAAUAAAUGUAAUAAUGUGAAAGCCUUCAAAGAAGUCGGGAGCAGGGCUGGUGAGAUGGCUCAGUGGUAAGAGCACCCGACUGCUCUUUCAACCCCAGGAUGAACUGAGAGUACCGAAGUAAUCAGCUGGCAGCUGGUUCGGAGUUCAAAUCCCAGCAACCGCAUGGUGGGGCACAACCAUCCGUAACAAGAUCUGACUCCCUCUUCUGGAUUGUCUGAAGACAGCUACAGUGUACUUACGUAUAAUAAAUAAAUGAAUCUUUAAAAAUAUUUAAAAAAAAAAAAAGUCGGGAGCAAAGAGACAGGUGGGUUCCUGAGUUCAAGACCAGCCUGGUAUACAAACUGAGUGAGUUCCAGGCUAGCUACAACUAGUUAUCUAGAGGCAAAGCAUUGAGCCACCCCCAGCAUUAGCAGGUCCCAAGUUCAAGUAGGACUUAAAGAACGUUUACAGACUGAUGACAAAUAUAUUAUUGAGUGAUUGGGGAUUAGUGAGCACUGUAUUAUACAGUCGUCAUCUUCUUGUGAUUCUUCUGUGAGACAUUGCUCAGUUACCUGUGACAUUCAGUUUGUAUAAUUUAGAAAUGAGUGACGCCAAAAGUAGUGGGUGGCGUAGCUGGUCCUUGUUCAUAUUCCUGCCAUGCUGUAAGUUGACAUUGAAGCCAGCCUGUGUGCUGUGCUAAUGGACAGUUCAUUGGCCCUCCCUCUGGGGCACAGGGUCUGCGUACCCAUUCUUUCUGAGGCAGAGACUGCUGGGCGUAGUUCUCUAGAGGCUCCAGGCUCACACCUUGAGACCACAUGCCCUGGAGGAAGUUCUUUGGCCUCUACCUGAGAGCACAGUGGCGAUCUCUUCUGUUGAGGCUCAUCCAUGGAAAGACACUCUGUGGUUCUGAAACUCUGUAGGUUUCUAGGAAGCUCGGGGGACCUUUUUGAAGUCACUUUGGCAGCACAGAUAGCUGUCACUGGUGUCCGUCUGCUGGUGUGGUAGAAUGUUGUCUCUGAAAAAAGAGACUAAUCUUGGGGCCCUCUUCCAUUUUUUUUUUUUUUUUUUCAGAAAAGCUGCAGCGUUAGUACAGAGAGCCCCUGUGACAAUCACAGGCUGUCCUCCGGGAGUGUGUCAGUCACAGCUCUCUUGUCCCGCCUCUGAACACAAACGCCAGCUCUACAGUGGGUUUCAUUAUUGCUGCCAUUUUUGUGCUCAGGGCUGUCUGGGACACACAUACUACCCCAGCACAAGAAGGGGAGGGGUAUUUCCCCCAGCUACAUAGGCCAGGCUGCUCCCCUCUUCUCUGCAGCUCUGAAGUCAGGCAGGUCAUCUGUUGGACAUGCUCAGACUGGCUCUUCUCACAGUGGAACUGACAAAAAGCUUCAACAGGAAGAACAAACCUGCCUUACCACAUCCUGUGUUUAGUGGCAAUCCUUGCAGCCUGGACUAGGCUGCCUGCCAUUGUCUGCUGUCUCUCCUUCUACAGACCUGACCACUAAGCAAGUUCACCUGGGAGCUCUCCUGGACAGGAGUCAGGAGUUAACCAACCAGUUUGUCUCCUGCCCUAUUGAUCUGUCUGGUCACAUAUUUCUAGCAGGGUGAACACACUGAUGUUCUGUUAUAGCCAGUGCUGUCUUCCAAGGUCCUGUAUGUCUGGACCCCCACUCCUCCCAUAGUGCCUUCCUGACUCUGGCCUACCAAUUCUAUCUACAUGGCUAUGGACUUUUUUACAGUAUUUUGUUAUUUAAAGUGGAGGCAGAGUCUGGAGGCUUGGUACAGUGCUGGAGGCCAGGCAGCUAAUUCAGUGCCCAGGAUCCAACUGCAGAUAAUGCUUUCUAAAGGGAAUGAGGUAGCUGAUGUUUCACAAAUAGGAAGAUGGUGGUCACUGUGGAGACCACAGAAGAAAGCUAAAACUCAGAACAAGAGCCUUCAAGUAGCUAUUGUGUUUCCAGCAUACCUGCAAAACAGUGAUCAGAGAGGACCGAGUAGCCUUGUGAACCCACCAGUCACAUCGGUAUAUUGUACAUAUACAAUAUAUAUUGUAUAUGCUGUAUAUAUUGGUCACAGCAGGUUCCUGCCCAGUGCCUACCAGCCUGUGUUCCUUGGCCUGUGUGACCCAGUACCCUAACAGAUGCCCUUCCCAACUCUGUAACCCAGUCUCAGGGUUUCUGGUUCUCUCCAUCCUGGAAAGUGUUUGUUAACAGAGAGCUUAUAGUUACCAAAUGCCAUAUAUAAUUUGUUAUUUCACGAAAAUAAGUCACUGAGAGGUUGUGUUCAGCACUCCAGUUUAACUAUCUUCCAGUAAUGUGGCUUAAAGAAAAGGUACACAAAACAUUAGACAGUGCUCUUUCAAUGAAGUGACUCUGAAGAGCCCCCUGGGGACACCUUGGGGAUGCUAAGACCACUGGGGACAUUAGACCCAGAUUCCAUAGCAGAGCUGACACACUAAAAGCAACUCAGAGUUCGCAGUGCUGGUCUCCCGCGUGUCUGCGGGCUGGGACCUCAAGCACUCAGAAGGUGUGCUGAAAAGUUGAGAACUUCUCCCAAGUUGGACUUUCUAUACACUAAUACUCUGUUUCAUUGUACAGAGUAAACUCCGAUAAAGAGAAGCCGGUUCUGUACAACUGGUCAACCCUGGGACGGACACAGUCCACAGCUGUACUUAGUGUUUCUGUUGGUCAUGGGUGCCUGCCAUGGAGCCUGGUGCCUGCUGUGACGCUGACACUUGUUUGUCCUUC